GUUACCUCCAUCCACUCUAACUCAACAUGGACUCGUUCAAACUCUCAUCUCUCUCUCUUUGCCUCUUUCUCAUUUUCAUUAUCUAUUUUCCCCAACAUUCCCUCUCAUGCGGCUCAUGCAAUCCCCCCAAGGGCGGCGGAAAGCCCUCCAAGAAACCCCCUGUACACAUCCCUAAGCUACCGGUUCCUCCAGUGACCGUCCCUAAGCUACCCGUUCCUCCGGUGACAGUCCCAAAGCUACCAGUUCCUCCAGUGACAGUCCCAAAGCUACCAGUUCCUCCAGUGACCGUCCCAAAGCUACCCGUCCCUCCAGUGACUGUCCCUAAGCUACCCGUUCCCCCGGUGACCGUCCCAAAGCUACCAGUUCCUCCAGUGACCGUCCCUAAGCUACCAGUUCCCCCGGUGACAGUCCCUAAGUUACCUCUUCCUCCAGUGUCAGGGCUACCCAUACCUCCAGUGGUAGGCCCAAAUCUUCCAUUGCCACCUUUGCCAAUUGUUGGUCCUAUCCUUCCACCCGGGACAAACCCACCCGCCCCAGGAGGUGGAGAUUGUCCUCCACCUCCAGGGGGCGAUAAGGCUACAUGUCCAAUAAACACACUAAAAUUGGGUGCGUGCGUGGACUUAUUGGGUGGUCUAGUAAAGAUAGGCCUUGGGGAUCCAGCGGUUAACAAAUGCUGUCCGUUACUUAAAGGCCUUGCAGAAAUUGAAGCCGCCGCUUGUCUCUGCACUACCCUCAAGAUCAAAGCUCUUGACCUUAAACUUUACGUCCCUGUUGCUCUUCAGCUUCUUCUUACCUGUGGCAAAAACCCACCUCCAGGGUACACUUGUUCCAUAUGAGAUUAAAACUCACUUUACUUGAAGGAUAUUUUGGAGAGAAGAAGUGAGAAGAGCUCCAAUGUAUUUCCUUUAUUGGUUUAUCAAAUCAUAUCAUAUCCCGUUGAUUCUUUCCUCUAUUGUUCAUGUCUGCUUGUAUCAUCAAUUAAUGUGUGCUUUUUAGAUUAAUGAUUCUUCUCUUUGUAUUAGAGUAUGAUUUGAAAUCUUUUUUAUUUAUUUAUUUGAGUUAUCGGAUGAGUUGAAUGAGAA